GAAGCAGUAACAUGCGCACAAAGAAUCGUUUCCUCGUCGGUGCGUUUGCGUUCUGCGUGGUGCUCAGUGCGGAGCGGCCGAUAUAGGUGUGGAUUGUUGGGAUCGCGCUUCGUGUCCCACGUACGUGGUGUGUGCGUUGCGUGCAGCGGCGUGUGAUGUCCCAGCGAGAAUCGUGCUUGUUUUUUGUUUAAUUCUUGCCGGAUUCGGUGCCCAGACAAGACAACGAUAUACCGGACAGCAGGAUUCGAAGGUAGAUGUAACGCCAGCACAUAAUAUCGUCAAGAACGUGGAGCGCAGCUAAGGAAAAGGAAAAAAACACACGAUAUGAGGAUCAUAAUGAAUCAGGAACCGUUGGGGGUGGCUCAUGAUAUUGUCUCCGUUGGUAACUUACGGCGGUGGAGCGAUGUGUCACCAUCGCACCAUUUCACCGAUUACAGUAACAUCGGCGAAGCGCCCAAACACACGCAGCCGCCGUUCGCAUACGAUGCGGAAAUCAAUCACAAGAUCGUAUUAUGGACUGGGGACAUAUCGUCGCUGCAAGUCGACGCCAUUGUGAAUUCGACGAACGAGUCUAUGAAUGAUAGCAACCCCGUCAGCGACCGGAUAUUCCAACGUGCCGGAUCCGGCUUGAAGGAGGAAAUUAGCCUUGAUAUCAGAGAAUGUCGAACCGGCGAGGUAAAAGUGACGCAAGGACAUGCACUGCCAGCACGAUACGUCAUUCACACCGUAGGUCCGAAAUACAAUACGAAAUAUCAGACGGCCGCUGAAAACACAUUACAUACAUGUUAUAGAAACGUUCUCCAGAAAUCAAGAGAACUUGGCCUGCAUUCGAUAGCGCUGUGCGUCGUCAAUUCGGUGAAGCGAAAUUAUCCUCCGGACGAAGGCGCACAUAUAGCUUUACGCACAGUGAGACGUUUUCUCGAGCACUACGGCAGCUCGUUGGACACGGUCGUGUUCGUUGUUGACAAUUCCGAAUACGGUAUCUACGAAGUUCUACUGCCACUUUACUUCCCACGCUCUAAGCACGAAGCGGACGCCGCACGUUGGCAGCUGCCCGCCGAUAUUGGCGGCUUGGACGGCGAACCCAUGAUUCCCGACAGGCAAAUCAGGAUUAUCGAUAAUCCACAGCACACACUACAUGCCGACGAGGAGGAAUCGAUAGAUCUAUCGAGCCAGUUGGAUUCGGCGGUGAGUCUCGCCGACCAUGCAUUCAGUCAAAUGCAAGGUGAUCUCGACCAGCAGCGGCUGUUGGGCGAACGGACUUAUAAUGAUCCACUCGCCGAUAUUAUGGUGAAGGAGAUCCAACAUCAAGAACGGUAUGAACGGUUGUUACGGCGUGCAAGAACGGAAGAUUUAAGCGAGGUGUCUGGCAUUGGAUGUUUAUAUCAAAGUGGUGUGGAUCGUCUAGGAAGACCCGUGGUGGUAUUCGUCGGAAAAUGGUUUCCAUUCAAUAAGAUUAAUUUAGAAAAGGCUUUAUUGUAUUUGAUAUCAUUGUUGGAUCCGAUCGUGAAAGGCGAUUACGUGAUAGCAUAUUUCCACACGUUAACGUCGAACAGUAAUUAUCCUUCGUUCUCGUGGUUGAAAGAUGUUUACAAUGUCUUGCCGUACAAGUACAAGAAGAAUUUGAAAGCGUUCUACAUUAUACAUCCAACAUUUUGGACUAAGAUGAUGACUUGGUGGUUUACAACGUUUAUGGCGCCAGCCAUUAAACAAAAGGUGCAUAGUUUACCGGGGGUUGAGUAUCUGUAUUCGGUAAUGUCACCAGACCAACUCGAGAUACCAGCUUACAUCACAGAAUAUGACAUGACGAUAAACGGUUUGCGAUAUUUUCAACCUAGCCCCACGUAAAUGAUCAUCACGCCAUGUAGGCAGCGAACAUCUAAACCAACAACAUGUCGGCCAUCCCCAUCGAUGCGGAACGGAACGAAUUAAUGAAUAAAUUGUAAAAAAACAAAACCAAUGGAACAUUCAAGUAUGACUCUCAGUGAUAACAUUGCAAUAUUAUUAAUUCGAUUCGAUUCACGUUAACAUAAUUAAUCAUUACUAACUAAUUACCCAAUUAUUUAGCUAGGUAUGUAAGAAUUAAAGAAUAGUGCUGAAAAGCCGUGCGCUGUGCCAAGCCUCUCGUAACAAAGUGUCGCCCGUUGUCGUGAAAUUCUAUGUAACAUUAAAACCACAAUCAGGAUGUACCCGCAACAAAUCUCGGAAGGCUAAUCCUUACAAAUUAAGUGACUUAUUACGAGAACUCCACUGCUGACACAAAAACAUCUACGUAUAUGUUCAAGUUUGAAUCUAAUAGAUGCGAAGAUUGCUGGAGAUAUGAUGCAGAGCUUAUUUGAUCUAAUAAUAAAGUAAAGAGAUUAUACAAACGUGUGGAGAUUGUUCAUGAGAUUAUUCAAUUAUUAAAUACGUGGAUAGAAUACAUUCCCAUUGUUGGCACUGUUAUCACGUUAUAUAAAUACAUAUAAAUAUAUAUAAAUGAAUAUGCGCAAGAAACGUUUAUUGUAGAAACUAUUGAAAUUAAUCGUGUAUCAUGUUCAAAUUCAAAGGGACAGGAAGAACUGCGAACCAUUCAUGCGCAACAUUUGUAAUAAGUUAAUAUAUAACUAAUUAAGUGAUCCUGCGGCAAGCCACAAUCCGUAAGUUGUAAUUAAAACGCGAAUAUCGAUUCUAGUUUGCAAUAAAACAGGCGCAGAGUAUUGUAUUAUUAUUAUUAUUAUUAUUAUUAUUGUGUAGAUGUGUUUUGAUUGUUUCUAAUGAUGUAUACGUAAAGUAUUAAAAACAUUUGUUAUAUCCGCAGAUUGUUAUGCAAAUGAAACUUUCCAAAACAAAGCGGAAAGGACUCCAUUUAUUGAGCACUGAUUGUCACAUGUUUGAUCAAAUGUACAUUUAUAGCAUUUAACAUAUUCAUGAAUAACCAAAAAACUACUAAUACCAAAAAAAAAAAACAUACUAAAAAGUAAAAGUACUUAUGAAUCCUGUGAGACGAAGAUAUAUUUUAAAUAAUGAAAACUUGACGUUUUUCUUUACGAUGAAGCGUAGGUUUAGUAGUAUUGUUGUAUUUGCAAACCAUUAUUAUAGCCAAGUUUGUAGAGUGAAGCUUAGAUCUUUAUCUGAUUGUAUAACACCACCAUCCUAUUAAAAACAAAUGCCCUUAUCAAUAAAACCUUAAAUGUGAUGACUAGAUUCACCUGCGUCUUAAAGUUAUUCUUCAUAGAGCCGGCGCAAUAUUCCGGUUGGCUUAUUGUCUAUAAACGCAGGUUUUCUUUAAAUGAUAAUUCAUCUACUUAUGAGCGUGCCCGAGCAAUACUUCGAAAAAAUCUAUCAAUUGUUAUCGAUAUGCAAAAAUUUUAUCAUUUUUAUUACAAAGCUGUGUACUGGAACAAUCAAUCGAUAAAUAUGCGUCAAACAAUAGGCAAACAGUUCGCAAACUAAAGCGCUAGAUUUGUAAAGUAUAUUGUUCAUUGUGAAACGAAUCAUUAGGAGAUAUCGAGUAGAUGCACCCAAUAUGCAAUCUACUUUGACAUAUAUUGUGGAAUACUACGAAAUUGUUAAUAACUAUAAUUUUGUAAAACUUUAUCAGAUUUAAUCAAAAUGAAGUGAUAGUUGUAAAAGGACGCUUAAUCUAAAAGGGAUUAUGAAAGAUUGAUAAAGAAAUUAUUGUAUAUUUAAGUGCGACAAACUGAACGGCGAAAUAAAUAUGUUAUUCCCCA